AUGAUUGUAGAUUAUUAUGCGGUGCUGAACCUUAGUCCAACUUGCUCCGCGCGGGAAGUGCGAGAUGCGUACAAGCACUUUGCGUUGAUGUAUCACCCAGACCGCACGGAUGAUAGUUAUGCCGAUAACUUCCGUGCGAUUAAAGACGCCUAUGAUGUACUGAGUGAUCCCGCGCGGCGUUAUUUGUAUGACUUGGGGUAUGCUGAGAUGAGACGAAUGCGGCAACGACAAGAGGAGGAGAACCUCGCCCGUAUCCACCACGCAGCCCGACUACACCACCCACUCCAACAACAUCAACAUCAACAACAGUCUUCCUUGCAGCGACCGCCUCCACGCCGUGAGGGGCCGGGGCCGUUGGACGCCACGCGGCGCGUCUCCUCCGCCGGGAGCUCCACGCGGUCCUUCUGCACCCCCCGCUCCGCCAGUCAACGCACUCUGCCGCCGGCCGAUCCCCUCGGGCGUGUCGCCGCCACCGCCGCCGUCGAGUCGCACAGCGGCGCCGAUGUGAGGGCACCGCCCACUCCAACAGGAACAGGCAGAAAGAACACCGCCCCACCAACGCCAAUACCAACACCAACACCAACACCACCAUCCGUAUCAAUACCAACACUACCACCGCCGCAAAGACGUUAUCAACAAACACCACCACAAGAACAACUGUAUAGCCAGAAUCAGAAUCAAGUAAAGCAGAAGCAGCAGCAACAGCAGCAGCAGCGUCAUAAUAGUAGUAAAAUUUUUGAGAGUUCAUCUUAUCUGGUUCCAAAGAAAACUACAAUUCAGUGGGGCACCGAAAUCCCACGUUCGCGGCGAGUGCUUAACACACCGACGGAAGAGUCUCUUAGUGUUUCUGUGGCGAAAACGUGGAGGGUCUUUUUUCAUUUAAAUGAUAUUGGAAUGGAAAGAAAAUACUUUGUUUCACGUUAA